CAGAUUUUCACACUAACACACGGACAUCCCACCACUUAGGACCUGCUGCUUCUGCUGCAAACAGCACCUAGUCAGACUCACUGCCCACUUGUCCUUCCAUGGCACCCCCAAGGAGGCAAAGAGUCCAGGGUUCCAGGGGGGGUCAUGGUGCCAGGGGGGAUACUAGGCCCCCCACUGGCCAUGAUGCCAGGGGGGCUACUAGGGCCCAGGGGUCCACUAGGGCCAGGGGGGGCAUGGAGGGCCGGAGGUCUGGCUAUGAUAUGAGAAGGUCACAAGCUGGUGGCAGAAGGGGCCAGGCUUCCUUCAGAGAAGAGGCAGAAGCUGAGCUGAGUACCUCCCCUGGGUCUGAUGCCUCCCCUUUGAGCCCAGGAGAAGGGACAUCAAGGGCAGGCAGAAGGUCCCGGUCCAAGCCCAAGUUUCCACCCUUCUCCCGCGAUGAGACCUGGGCCCUGGUGGUUGCUUAUGUAGAACGGGCUGAAUGCAUCUCGGGGCACAGGCCCUCCCGCAGUGGUCAGGCUGCAAAGGACCGUCUGUGGAAGGAAAUCACGGUGGCCGUAAAUGCAGUGGGCAGGAUGUUACGCCGGAACCUCAAGAACGUGAAGAAGCGUAUGCGUGAUCUGAGGCGGAGAUUAAAGGAGAAGCUGACUCUGUGGGCUCAGCAGGGCAUGUUACAAGGCAAGGGGGUGGACCCUGACCAUCUGCAGGUCCUGUCUCAGACAGAACGGGCACUUCUCCCAAUCAUCAGCCUCAACACGAUUUUUGGGGAGAAGGCUCAUGGAGAUACUGAUGAUUGCCACAGUGCAGCCCCAGCAGCCCCAGCCAGCCAUCAGAGGACAAGCCAGAAGAUCACACAUACACUGAUCCAGAGGUGUUCCCUCCUGCACAACAUCAGGAGGAGGAGGAGGAGCGGCUCCCCCCACUGCAGUCAGGAAUGGAGGAAGAUCUGGAUCAUCUUUUGCCCCUGGAGGCCCCAGCUGUUGGAGUGGGAGAAGAAUCUGCAUCUGAUGUUGGGGGAAGUUCAGGCACUCCAAACUUGCAUGAAAUGCCGUCACCUCCACCUGAGUUGCCUGAACAUCCGCCAACAUUGGAUGCGGCUGGAUCGGCACCCCGUCCACCUGGACCCAGCCCCCUUCUCACGCUUGGGGAAAGGCUGGUGUUCAACAUGGAGAGAUUAUGGGAGCAAAGGAGGCUUUCUAAUGCAUCCAGUAAUAUAGAAAGGUUACUGGUGCUCCAACAUGAAACCCUGCUUGGACUUGUCACCGCGCGGUCAGGGAUCAGACUACAGUGUUGCAGGACCUUAGUCAUGAUAUCCGGGCCUUAUGUCAAGCAGGGGCUGACCAAAAUGCACCUUCGGCCAGAGGCUUCUAACCCCUGUGCAGUAGUAGUUUGGGGCCAAUGUCAAGGUUGCCACAGAGUUGCCCUGUAGAAAGUUCCCGGGAAGCAGCAGGGGAACAAGCUUUGGAGGUGCCAAUUCUGGAACUACCCACUCUGGAGCAGCCCCCUCAAGAAACCCCACCGAAGACCAGUAUGCCUCCUUCCCCAUGGAUCCCUCUUCUGCACCUUCCUCACACUCCCCUUGACCACACCCCCACUUUCACACCCACUCCCCUUGUUUCUACACGCCCCUCCUCUCAAUCCCGUUUCCACCCUUACCUUCCACGUCCUGCCCACUCUCCUCAGCCCUCAAAUGCCCCGCCCCAAAUUCUCCCUGUCUUCAAUUCCCCCCAUUCAACCUCUCCCCCUGCACUCCCCUCCCCACCACUCUUUCCCAGCCCCUCCACACACUGUACCUACCCAACCCUCACACCCACCCCCUCUGCAGCAGCCGCCUUCUCCUCCC